AUGACUACGCCCCCCUCCUCUUUGCCAUAUCGUCCCAACGUGCUUGCCGUUUUUUUCAAGACAAUUGCAAAUUGCGAGCGAUGCAUGAAAAUUCCAAAAAACACUUUGCUUGACAAAUGCGACCUUGUUGAUGCCCAUUGUCGCGUGCUCGUUGGCCUGCGGAGUGACAAACGAGGCUGGCAAUUUCCUCAGGGUGGUAUUGAUUUCCCCACGGAUGCCACCCCGAAGGAUGCUCUCUUGCGCGAAAUUAAGGAAGAGCUUGGCCUGGACCCGGCUGACUAUGAAAUCAAACAUAUGCUUGGUCAGCCCAUCUACUAUGAAUUUGAUCCCUCAAAUGUGAAUCGGUUUCUCAAGCUAUUCAGAGGCCAGGAGCAAUUCUGGUUUGCAUGCCUGCUAAAUUCGCCACACCUACCGGACCUCUCCAAAGCUACAGACGACGAGUUUAUUGACGUCAAAUGGGUUUCCCCCUCCCAGGCUCUCGACGGAAUUGUUCCCUUCAAAAGGGCGGCAUAUGUGGAGGGGCUGACUCAGCUGGGCCUCUUGUAA